AUGCGUUUGUCUAUCUACUCAUCAAACAGGCCAACAGGUAAGAUAUGACAACAUUGCGAUGUACGAUUGCAAACAUGUAACACAUCAUAACUGAUAGGUUACAUUUUGAGUGAGAGAUUGAGACUUUUGUAGCACCAGAUGGAUACAAUGUUGCAGCAUUAGCAUCACUAUAACUCAUUGGGAAUAAUGGAAAUGUUUUAAAUCACUGCUUUACGUUAUGAUGAUUAUUUCUCAUAACCUACGGUUAUUACACAUUUGUUGCAGAAUAACAAUUCCAAAUGUUUUAAUAAGUAAAUGAUCGGCCUAAAUGUUAUAUACAACACGCCUACAAUGUUUAAUGUCGGAGCUGAAGAAUGAUAGCGACAGCACUUGUCGUGCUUGCAGGUGCAUCGUUAGAGUCUGGCGCUGACGUGCUGGUGACAGGUAUGCUUUCCCUGCUCCUGUUCGCGCACCAGUGUGUGUCCGAGCCACAGGUGCCCGAGGACCAAAGGUAGGCCCCGACACGAACACACACAGUGUAGCGCGCAGUGAAAGUAUAGAGCAGAGAGAAUUUGGCGUCAAGGUUUUAAAAAUGACCAGCUCAAAAUCCAAACUGGUCUAAACUGGAUUUUCCAGCAGGGUGACGUUUCAAGUUCAGUUGAAUGGCUGGGUUAUGUUAUGUCGUUAUUUUGUUGUUUAUAUUAGUUAUUGGUGAGCCUGUCAGACAACAUGACUAGAUGGUAUGUACUGUAUGUGAGCUCACAUCACAACAGCCUCUGAGAUGUGAACCUUCAGGAGGUGUGACUGCAUGGUUGUUUGCCAGAAUAAUAGUGGGCACUGAGCAGUCAGUCAAUGCCAGCUAGCCUAGUACAUCACUGGUCCAGUGAUGAGAACUAGGAAUGUAGGCUAUACUGUUGGACUGUCUUUCAGGUCAUGUAGGAAUAACAGAGACAGGAAGUAUGAUGUUAAGGGAACUCUCAGGUAAGGGCACUGGAUUACAUCACAUCCUGUCCCUGGGUGGUAACAACAACAGAGGUGAGAGAGAGAGGGGUCAGAGUUCAGAAGGAGCCUGUUUAUGUAGCACCUCAGGUAGAGGUCAAAGGGAAACUUUCCAUGCACUUAAUACUAGCCAUAAAACCAACACAAAGUAUUUCUGUUAUCACCCAUCUCUGUCUCUCUCUCUCUCUCUCUCUCUCUCUCUCUCUCUCUCUCUCUCUCUCUCUCUCUCUCUCUCUCUCUCUCUCUCUCUCUCUCUCUCUCUCUCUCUCUCUCUGCUCUCUCUCUCUCUCUCUCUCUCUCUCUCUCUCUCUCUCUCUCUCUCUCUCUCUCUUCAAUUCAAAGGGCUUUAUUGGCAUGGGAAACAUGUGUUUACAUUGCCAAAGCAAAUGAAAUAGAUAAUAAACAAAAGUGAAAUAACCAAUAAAAAAUGAACAGUAAACAUUACACUCACACAGGUUUCAAAGGAAUAGAAACAUUUCAAAUGUCAUAUUAAGUAUAUAUACAGUGUUGUAAUGAUGUUCAAAUAAUCUCUCUCCCCCACCUCUCUCUUUCUAUCUGUGUGUGUGUGUGUUUGUCCUGCAGAGUACAGUCAGCAGGAGCCCCUCCCCCUUUCACACUGGCCAAUCCCUUCGGCUCUGGAGAGGAGGACCGCAGGUGAGUGGCAUCAUAAAACCCUUUAUUCCAGCUGGGGGACAACUCUAUUAAAUACAGGGUUAAAGCAGGGAAAGGGAGCUAGAGGGUUUUGCUCCAGCCCUAAUUUAACCAUUUUCUAUACCUUUAUUUAAGCAGGGAAAUCCCGUUGAGACCAAGUCCUCUUUUCCAAGGGAGCCCUGCAUGUACACAAUCAUACAAAUGUAAAAUAUUUACAAAUAUAACCCAGUUAUCAAAUUACAAAAUACAAUCAUAAAAAACAAACAACAUUCUCCAGUAAAAAGGUAAUCAAUCAGCCAUCUAAAUUGCCCUAGUGGUACCAAAACAUAACAUUUUUUAGAGUUCUGGAGAUUAUUCCACAAGGAAGGUGCAAAAAAAACUAAAAAGCAGUUUUAUCUAACUCAGUGGAGAUCAAAGGGAUAUCCAGAGUUAUCCAUCCCUGAGACCGGGUCUGGUAGCUCGUACGUCUGUAGGUUAACAAUGAUAUAAGGUAUGGCGGAAAUUUGUGCAAGAGGGCUUUAUAAAGAAAAAUUGUGCAAUGCAUAGAUCUACGAGACUUUAAAGAGGGUCAGCCUACAUUCUGAUACAGAAAGCAGUGAUGUGUACUGAACCUGUUGCCCGUAAUAAUGCGCAGUGCGCUGUGAUAAACUGCGUCCAAUGGCUUCAAUACAGUGGCUGCCGCAUUCAUAGAUGAUAUCACCAUAAUCUAUAACCCGUAUGAAUGUCGACUGAAUGAUUUUGUUUUCUAUCUGCUAUUAAACGAAAUACAUGAUCUAUUCCUAUAAAGGAAGCCCAUUUUAAUUCUUAACUAACUCAUCAAUAUGCUUUUUGAAAGAUAGAUUUUUGUCAAUCCAGAUACCCAGAUAUUUAUAAGUGGGGACACGAUCAGUGUGGGCACCAUCCAAUGGACAUACAGUGCAUUCGGAAAGUAUUCAGACCGCUUGACUUUUUCCACAUUUUGUUACGGGCCUUGUUAUGGCCUUAUUCUAAAAUGGAUUAAAACGUUUUUUUACCCUCAUCAAUCUACACACAAUACCCCAUAAUGACAAAGCAAAAACAGUUUUUUUGAUUUUUUUGCACAUAAAAAUAAAUACAAUGAAAUACCACAUUUACAUAAGUAUUCAGAUCCUUUACUCAGUACUUUGUUGAAGCACCUUUGGCAGUGAUUACAGCCUUGAGUCUUCUUGGGUAUGACGCUACAAGCUUGGCACACCUGUAUUUGGGGAGUUUCUCCCAUUCUUCUCUGCAGAUCAGGUUGGAUGGGGAGUGUCACUGCACAGCUAUUUUCAGGUCUCUCCAGAGAUGUUAGAUCGAGUUCAAGUCCAGGCUCUGGCUGGGCCACUCAAGGACAUUCAGAGACUUGUCCCGAAGCCACUCCUGCGUUGUCUUGGCUGUCUGCUUAGGGUCGUUGUCCUGUUGGAAGGUGAACCUUCACCCCAGUCUGAGGUCCUGAGUGAUCUGGAGCAGGUUUUCAUCAAGGAUCUCUCUGUACUUUGCUCCGUUCAUCUUUCCCUCGAUCCUGACUAGAUUCCCAGUCCCUGCAGCUGAAAAACAUCCCCACAGCUGAUGCUGCCACCACCAUGCUUCACCGAAGGGAUGGUGGCAUGUUUCCUCCAGACGUGACGCUUGGUAUUCAGGCCAAAGAGUUCAAUCUUGGUUUCAUCAGACCAGAGAAUCAUGUUUCUCAUGGUCUGAGAGUCAUUAGGUUCCUUUUGGGAAACUCUAAGUGGGCUGUCUUGUGCCUUUUACUAAAGAGUGGUUUCCAUCUGGCCACUACCAUAAAGGCCUGAUUGGUGGAGUGCUGCAGAGAUGGUUGUCCUUCUGAAAGGUUCUCCCAUCUCCACAGAGGAACUCUGGAGCUCUGUCAGAGUGACAAUCGGGUUCAUGGUCACCUCCCUGACCAAGGCCCUUCUCCCCCGAUUGCUCAGUUUGGCCAGGCGGCCAGCUCUAGGAAGAGUCUUGGUGGUUCCAAACUUCUUCCAUUUAAGAAUGAUGGAGGCCACUGUGUUCUUGGGGACCUUCAAUGCUGCAUAAUUUUUAGGUACCCUUCCCCAGAUCUGUGCCUCGACACAAUCAUCUCUCGGAGCUCUACGGAUAAUUCCUUUGACCUCAUGGCUUGGUUUUUGCUCUGACAUGCACUGUCAACUGUGGGACCUUAUAUAGAUAGGUGUGUGCCUUUCCAAAUCAUGUCCAAUCAAUUGAAUUUACCACAGGUGGACUCCAUUCAAGUUGUAGAAAAAUCUCAAAGAUGAUCAAUGGAAACAGGAUGCACCUGAGCUCAAUUUCGAGUCUCAUAGCAAAUGGUAUGAAUACUUAUGUAAAUAAGGCAUUUCAGUUAUAUAUUUUAAUAUACAUGUACAAACAUUUCUAAAAACCUGUUUUCACUUUGUCAUUAUGGGGUAUUGUGUGUAGAUUGAUGAGGGGAAAAAUGUAUUUAAUCCAUUUUAGAAUAAGGCUGUAAUGUAACAAAAUCUGGAAAAAGUAAAUGGGUCUGAAUACUUUCCGAAUGUACUGUAUACAUAAAUCAUCAGAUGCAUUUUUAGGCUUUUUGGAAAAUAACAUAUACUUAGUUUUACCUGCAUUAAGUUCCAAUUUCAGUUCAACAAAAGCUUUCUGCAAAGCAAAAAGGGCAGUUCUGAAAGCCUUUUCAACAGAAGGGGCAACAGAAUACACAACAGUAUCAUCCACAUACAAGUGGAGGUUACAAUUUCUUACAGGCAAACCAAUAUUGUUUAUAUAGAUAGUAAAAAGUACAGGGGCCAGAAUCGACCCUUGUGGGACAUGUUUAGUAAUAUCAAGGAAACCUGACUUAACACCAUCAGACGAAACAUAUUGUGUCCUGUCUGUCAGGUAGUUUUCAAACCAAUUGCAGGCUGCCUGACCUAGGCCAAUUUCAAACAGUCUACUAAUUAAUAAUGGCUGGUCAACAGCAUCGAAAGUCUUUGACAGGUCUAUGAAAAGGGCAGCACAAUGCUUGGCCCAGGACUGAUUUCUGAUCAUAAUGAGAUCUGAAAGUUCUAUAGAGAACCAAGGAUUUGUUCUAUUUUUGACUCUAAGGCGUUUGAAGGAGUCGUGCUUAUCUGCCUUUGACUCUAAGGCGUUUGAAGGAGUCGUGCUUAUCUGCCAGAGAUUUAAAUAGAUGAGAAAAAUUAUAAAGCCAAUUCAGGGUCAGGCAUGAAGUUGAUAGAGGAAAGCGCUGAGUAAUGCAUGUCAUGAAGAAACCCUUGGGGAGAUAAAAAAAAUGUAUCUUCAUAAUUAAAUGAGGAUCAGUGUUUUUCUGUUGGGUAUCUCUAAUACAUGCAAUAUGACAGUGAUCGCAGAGAUUUGCGGGGGCAAUUUGUCAGAAUUUGGUCAAUCAGCAAGGAUUUUGGAUUGUUGUUUUUUACAUUAAUCUGUGUGGGUUUUGAAAUCAGUUGAGUCAGGUUAAAGUCAAGACAAAUAUUCUUAAAAUCAUCUGCGGCCGGGGUAAACCAAUCUAGAUUAAAAUCCCCUAAAACGACUAAUUUGGAUGACAGAAAAGGACUUAAAUACUCAGAAAUCGUACCAACGGCAUCCACUUAUGGCCACAUCUAUACACAACAUUUCAAAUUUCUUAGGAACAGUAAUAUUUAGAGAACAUGAUGUGGUGAAUGUUGAUUUUACAUAAAUAGCCACUCCUCACCCUUUUUUUGCGAUUUGUCACACCUGAAGAUAUUGUAAUCACAAAUGUCAAUGUCCUUAUUCGAGACCAAAUCUUUCAGCCAAGUCUCUGUAAGAACCAGAAUUUCAGGGCUCGUGUCCUGCACCCAGAUAUCAAGAAGGUCCAUUUUUUUACUUUGAAGUGCAACAGUCCAAGCCCCUUAUGUGAUUUGGAAACUGAGGGGAUAUCCAUUUUUAUGGAAUUAACAUUUGAACUAAUAGCACUUGUUGAGCUUAUGCUAGCCACAGUGGGCAUCCCAUUUGAGCUAACAGUAACAGAGCUAACAAAAUGGGAUUCAACUUUAUGGGUACAAGAUUAUGACUGACAACACCUCUUUGAAUAUGAACAUCUGUAAAAGUACGACGAUAACGCUGUGUUAUAAUGGUAGACAACACUGAUUUCUCCUGCUGUGGCAGAGACAGGGCGAUAUACUCCUGAGGGCUUGUCACGGAGUACACUCUCACACCAAUCUGGCCCUCAUACCAUCAAGGCCAUCUAAUCAUCUCCAGCUUCUAAUUGGCUCAUUCAUUCCUCCUCCUCUCCCCUGUAACUAUUCCCCAGGUCGUUGCUGUAAAUGAGAAUGUGUUCUCAGUCAACUUAUCUGGUCAAAUAAGGGUAAACAAUAAAUAAACAUUUGCAGAAAAUGUGCUUCAAGAUGUCCAUCAUUGUUCCUGUAUCCAAGAAAGCGAAGGUAGCUGAACUAAAUGACUAUCGCCCCGUAGCACUCAACUCUGUCAUCGUGAAGUGCUUUGAGAGGCUAGUUAAGGAUCAUAUCACCUCCACCUUACCUGACACCCGCUACAAUUUGCAUUCAGCUCCAAAAGAUCCACGGAUCAUGCAAUCGCCAUUGCACUGCACACUGCCCUAUCCCAUCUGGAUACGAGGAAUACCUACGUCAGAAUGCUGUUUAUCGACUACAGCUCAGCGUUCAACACCAUAGUACCCUCCAAGCUCAUCACUAAGUUCAGGGCCCUGGGUCUGAACCCAGCCCUGUGCAACUGGGUCCUGGACUUCCUGACGGGCCGCCCCCAGGUGGUGAAGGUAGGCAACAACACCUCCAUUACGUUGAUCCUCAACACAGGGGCCCCACAAGGGUGCGUGCUCAGCCCCCUCCUGUACUCCCUGUUCACCCAUGACUGCGUGGCCAAGCACGCCUCCAACUCAAUCAUCAAGUUUGCAGACGACACAACAGUAGUAGGCCUGAUUACCAACAAUGAUGUGACAGCCUACAGGGAGGAGGAGAGGGCCCUGGCGGAGUGGUGCCAGGAAAAUAACCUCUCCCUCAAUGUCAACAAAACAAAGGGGCUGAUCGUGGACUUCAGGAGACAGCAGAGAGAGCACUUCCUCAUCCACAUUGAUGGGGCCGCAGUGGAGAGGGUGAAAACAGCCCUAAUUGAGAUAUUGUGGCAGGACUUGAAACGAGCAGUUCAUGCUUGAAAACCCACAAAUGUCGCUGAGUUAAAGCAGUUCUGCAUGGAAGAGUGGGACAAAAUUCCUCCACAGCGACGUGAGAGACUGACAAACAACUACAGGAAGCGUUUGGUUGGAGUCAUUGCAGCUAAAGGUGGCACAACCAGUUAUUGAGGAUAAGGGGGCGAUUACUUUUUCACACAGGGGCAUUGGGUGUUGCAUAACUUUGUGUUUAUGAAAUAAAUGAAAUAAGUAUGUCAUUGUUGUGUUAUUUGUUCACUCAGGUUCCCUUUAUCUAAUAUUAGGUUUAGGUUGAAGAUCUGCUAACAUUCAGUAUGAAAAAUAUGCAAAAGUAGAGAAAAUUAUAAAGGGGGAAACCCUUUUUCACAGCACUGUACAUGUACAUUUAUAUUCUGGACUCUGACAUUGUUCGUUCUGAUAUUUCUUAAUUUAUUUAUUUUUCUUCUUGGGGAUUUGUGUGUAUUGUUUUGUAUUGUUAGUUAUUACUGAACUGUUGGAGCUAGAAACAAGCAUUUCGCUGCACCUGCGAUAACAUCUGCAAAAUAUGUGUAGGUAACGCGACCAAUAACAUUUUAUUUUGAUUUGAGUACGUGACUCAUUUAUGCUCGAAGAGAGCUUCUGUGCUCGCCGGUAGUUGGGAUGUAUUCCAUCCUCACAGAAACAAUCCCUUCGCUUCCAGAACCGGUCAAAAUUGUCAAUAAACGCCUUUACUCUGACAGGGGCAUGUAUUCCGUUACAGCUCUGUGGACUCUGAGUAGGUGCUGUGAUGUGUGUCGAUGUGUCUUUCAGACAGACAGAUAAGAUUAAAUAGGUUUAUGAUUUACAUUUACAUUUUAGUCAUUUAGCAGACGCUCUUAUCCAGAGCGACUUACAGUUAGUGAGUGCUGUUUGCCUUGUUCGUUAACCUAACCGAGCGAACAAAUGACUAAAUAGUUUACCACAUUCAGUUGUGUUCUGUAAAAGGUCAAAGGUUGUCCAGGUGUGGGGAGUGUUCUAGCUGUCCAAGUGUCAGUUCAUAUUGAGCUCACACACCUCCACUGAUUACUGUGACAUACCAACUGCACUCCGAGCACUCCAGGGAGGGAACAGAGAGUUUGUUUGUAAAACCUUGAGAUAUGUUGAGACUAGAUUACAGUGGUACUUUCUGUACCGUGAAGUAACGUGCUACCCAGUCAGGUGGGCCUGCGGUUGAACCUUCUAACCUCUGACCUCUGACCUCUGUGUGUGUCAGGCUGCUGCAGAGCUAUAUCAAGGCCAAUGUAAAGGAGGGACAGGGAGGGCCGGAUAACACCUGGGAACAAGGUAAACACACACACACACACACACACAAUUAGUGACAUUAUUAAUGAAUCAACAUCUUCCUAUUUCCUGCUGGUCAGAGGUGUUCUUCCUGUUCAGUCUCCAUGACUACGACCGCAGCGGUCACAUGGACGGCCUGGAGAUGAUGAAGCUGCUCUCUGAAUACAACUCCCACAAUACACCUGGAGAACAGUCAGCUGAGUCGGUGAGGUGUGUGUGUGUGUGUGUGUGUGUGUGUAAAACAUCUGUAUAUAUCUUCAGUGUUAUAGCUAGGUCAUAUACUAUACUGACUGAUAUUGUAACUCUGUCCUGAUCACAGAGUCAGUUGAUGACCAGCUAGCUAGCGUGACAUAGUAUCAGAGGGGUUGUGUAUUAGGAUACACAUACAUCAUGUGGCCUGUACUGUUGUCUAAAUAUAAAGAUAGGGUUACUGUAGGACCUACUGUAGCUCAGUGUAACUGAAUAUGACUGUUGCAGUUAGUAAAUCUGCACCCUAGGCCAACGCUUGCUGGUGUGUGUGUGUACAUGUCAGUUAGUAAAUCUGCACCCUAGACCAAUGCUUGUUGGUGUGUGUGUGUGUGUGUGUGUGUGUGCGUGUGUGUGUGUGUGUGUGUGUGUGCGUGUGUGUGUGUGUGCGUGUGUGUGUGUGUGUGUGUGUAUCCAGGUGGUGGCCAUGGUAGAUGUUCUCCUGCAGACUCAGGAUCUAAACCAGGAUGGUCUAAUAGCUCCCUCUGAGCUUCUCUCUCCUCCCAAACUACAACAGCCAGACUCUAACUCCCAGGGUGCACCUGAACAGGAAGGGGGUGUAGAGGUCAAAGAGGGAGUCAAUGUUGAGGAACCAAAACAAGAAGAGGCAGAGCAGAAAUAG